AUGACAGCCGCCUAUCGCGAUGACGAUCAUGGUUACUCUGAUCAUGAUCAUAUAGCGCCCAACGACGCCUGGAUGGAGAAGGGGGCCUCCACCAGUAGCGGCAAGAAGAAAUGGGUUGUUAUGGGAGGUGUACUUGGACUUGCGGCCCUGAUUGCAAUUGGUGUUGCCCUGGGUGUCACGCUGUCCAAAAAGAGCUCCAGUUCAAGCAGUUCAAGCAGUUCCAACUCUUCCAGCUCCGAUCCUAGUGACUUUACAAAAGACGCCAAUCUCCACUUGUCGUUCUACGGUAUCGCCUAUACCCCUGCUGGCUCGCAGCUGCCCGACUGCGGCAACUCGCUCGACGAUGUUAUUCUGGACAUCCAGCUGAUGUCCCAGUUGACGACGCGAGUCCGCCUUUAUGGUGCCGAUUGCAACCAAUCGGCGCUGGUGCUUGAGGCUAUAAAUCAGACAAAGGUCAACAUGACGGUCUAUUUGGCUAACUAUCCCGUUUCAACCGAUAACAAUACAGCCUAUGAUCGUCAAAGAGAUGAAAUAAAGGCGGCGAUAGAGACCUAUGGAACAGACCAUAUUGCUGCAGUGACCGUUGGUAACGAGUUCAUCCUUGAUUAUCUCGAUCUCAAUGGUGCCACCGAUCCCAAUGGCUCUGUUGGAAACGAAGGUGGUGAAUUACUGAUCGCUUGUAUCAACGAUACCAAGUCCAUGCUCAGCGACCUUGGAGUGGACUUGCCAGUUGGGACAGCCGAUGCCGGUAGUUACUUUAAUGAUCUCGUAUUGGAGCAAGUGGACUACGGUAUGGCAAACGUUCAUCCAUGGUUUGCCAAUGUCAGCAUCAACCAAGCAGCCGGCUGGACUUGGGAGUUCUUUGAGGACAAUGAUGUGAAACUUGCACAGAGUCUAAGUAACACCCCGGAGAUGUUUGUCGCUGAAACUGGUUGGCCGACGGAGUCUUCUGACACGGCCGACGAAUCCAAUGGGCCCUCGAACGCAUCCGUUGCUAACCUUCAGACGUUCCUCGAUACCUACAUCUGCGAAGCAAAUACCAAUGGAACGAAGUACUUUUUCUUCGAGUUCUUCGAUGAAAAGUGGAAGGACGAGGAGUAUGGUGGUGUAGAGGGUUGGUGGGGCCUAUUCAAUGCCAACCGAACGCUGAAAGAUGGGAUCACAAUACCCGACUGUGUUCUGUCGUAG